GAGUGAGUGAGCAAAAGACGCCGCGCGUUCGAAGGCCGGUUCUGCUUCCGAGGUCAGAGGUCGGGCGUGGAGCCGCUGAGGGAGGGAGUGAAGAGGUUGGUCACGAUGCUGAUCAAAGUGAAGACGCUAACUGGGAAAGAGAUUGAGAUCGACAUAGAACCCACAGACAAGGUGGAGAGAAUAAAGGAGCGAGUGGAAGAAAAAGAAGGGAUCCCCCCACAACAGCAGCGGCUCAUCUACAGCGGCAAGCAGAUGAACGACGAGAAAACUGCAGCCGACUACAAGAUCCUGGGUGGCUCCGUGCUUCACCUGGUCUUGGCGCUACGCGGGGGAGGCCUGCGAUGAUGGUUCGACUGUCCCCGGUGCGCCCCCCUCCCCUAACCCUCCCCCACCCCCCUCAAAGGACAGAU